CCUAUUCAAUCUUUUCUCUUUUCCUUCUUCUAUUUUCAUACUUCUUCUCUCUACACCCAAACCAUGGCCACUUCACUCAAGACACCCACCACUACACCUAUGCCAUCACUGCAUUCUAAGCAAUCAACCAACCCCAAGGAGGAGUCGAACAUGAGACAUUACUCGGAUGACCUCGUCACUGGUCACAUUUACGCCAAACAUCGUGACGACGAUACUACUAAAAUUGAUCUCCCCAAUUACAUCUCUGUUAUUGAGAGUAUUAUCACAAUUGCUGAUCAAAUUAGCGAUAAUGUACAUCGGGGAAUAGUUGAAGGACGUUUGGUACAUUCGGAUGCAACUUUAACAUCCAAUGUUGUGAUCGAGCCUCCACUUUGUACUCUUCAUCGUAUCUCUAGCGAGUUGAAAUAUUAUGUCUCAGUUUCAUGUAAGGCUCCGGGGAUAGAAAAAGCACACGAGACCACACUCGAAAUCUUUGAAAUUUUGGCAAAUUAUCCAUGGGAAGCCAAAGCAGCUCUCACUUUGUUAGCUUUUGCAACUGAUUAUGGAGAUUUGUGGCAUCUCUACCAUUACUCCCAUGUUGAUCCAUUGGCUAAAUCUUUGGCAAUUAUCAAGCGAGUAGCUACUUUGAAAAAGCACUUAGACUCACUUCGAUAUCGACAAGUGCUUCUCAACCCCAAAAGUCUCAUUCAAAGCUGCUUACAAGCAAUCAAAUAUAUGAAUGAGAUUAGAGAAUUCUCAAAAUAUGAUGUCAAGGAACUUCCUGAGUUACCAUCUGCUCUUCGCCAAAUCCCAUUGAUUACUUAUUGGGCCAUACACACUAUUGUUGCUUCAAGGAUUGAGCUCUCAUAUCUCAGUGAAAAUGAGAAUCAGCCACAGAGAUACUUGAAUGAAUUGUCUGAAAAAAUGGCCAUUGUACUUGCCGUACUUGAGAAGCAUCUAGACGCCAUCCGAGAACAACAUGAGGAGGUUAAUCUCUAUCGGUGGUUGGUUGACCACAUUGAACAUUAUCAAACUGACAUUACAUUGGUCAUUCCCAAGCUGCUUAGCGGCAAACCUGAAACCAAACCCCUUAUUGAUGGCUCUACUUUAAAGAGGUUAGGUUUGUUCACGAAAGUUUGUCGGAAGAACGUGAUAUUGGUAAUUUCUGGUUUGGAUAUCUCCAAUGAUGAUAUCACGGCUCUUCAUCAAGUUUACAAUGAAUUGAAAGCUAGAGACAGUAGACAUGAGAUAGUUUGGAUUCCAAUUUUCCCGGAGCCUUAUCAAGAAGAAGAUCGCAAGAGAUAUGAUUAUUUGCGUUCAACUAUGAAAUGGUUCAUACAAUUUACUACAAAUAUUGGCAUGAGAUAUAUUGAAGAAAAAUGGCAACUUAGAGAGGAUCCAUUAGUUGUGGUACUAAACCCACAAUCUAAGGUGGUAUUCACAAAUGCAAUUCAUCUAAUUCGAGUUUGGGGGAUUGAAGCAAUUGAUUUCACACAAGAUAGAGCCAAGACUUUAUUACGAAAAAAUUGGCCCGAUUCAACUCUCACCAAAUUCACUCACCAACCAAGACUACAAAAUUGGAUCAAGCAAGAGAAAAACAUACUAUUCUAUGGAGGAAAGGAACCAUUGUGGAUACAACAAUUUGAAGAGAGAGUAGAAAUCUUGAGAAAUGAUCCUUUGAUAAUGGAUGGUGGUUCAUUUGAGAUUGUACGUAUUGGAAAGGAUGCAACAGGAGAGGAUGAUCCAGCACUCAUGGCUCGUUUUUGGACAGCACAAUGGGGCUAUUUUGUAGUAAAGAGCCAAUUGAUAGGUUCAAGUGCAAGUGAAACAACAGAAGACAUCUUAAGACUGAUAUCAUACCAAAACGAAGAUGGUUGGGUUGUUCUAAGUGUAGGCUCAGCCCCAGUAUUAGUUGGUCGUGGGAUUUUGAUAUUGAAAUUACUCGACGAAUUUCCAAAAUGGAAGCAAAGUUUGAGGUUAAAGGCCUUCCCUGAUGUCUUUAGAGACUACUUCAAUGAAUUGGCUCUAAAAAAUCAUCAAUGUGAUCGAGUAAUUCUUCCUGGAUUCAGUGGAUGGAUUCCUAUGAUUGUGAAUUGUCCUGAAUGUCCUCGUUUCAUGGAGACUGGUAUUAGUUUCAAGUGCUGCCAUGGAGGUACUCAUAUGUGAAGAGGAAUGAUUGAAGCUGCUGGAACUCAUAUACAUCUCUUUUUUUAUGUUACACUAUUAUUACUAUACUACUACUAAAUGGAUAUUGUACCAUUUGAAUUUAUAUUAUAAUCGAGUCCAUUAGGUCUCGUUGUUAUCAGUGGUCAGCGUUUGUAUGAAUUUAUGUUAUUUAUGUUAUAAUGAUCAUCAGAUCUUUCCUUAA